AUGUCUAUAGCACAAAAGUAUAGGCAGUUGUUGAUACUCAUCUUUAGGUACAAUGAAACCAAUUAUCUUCUUUCGAGAGGAAGACGUCGACAAAACCAUGGCUUAGAAUGUUGCUUCUUCAUAACCAUUGGAGCUAUACUCAUUUUGGGGGUGUUUUAUAUCGUUCAAUUUUUCUCGUCUACGCCCAUCGAUGAGAUUGUUUGGACCAAUCUUGAAUCUCAUUCCUGCACCAGUUAUGCAACAAGGGAGUACUUAGCAGAAAUCAACCUCUCGCCUUGGAACCGCCAGUGGACGAAACUUUGCAUGAGUACUCCAGUGGUUGUCCAUGGACAGCCUCACUUGCCCUCCAGAUGCGAAUAUCGCUCAGGCACGGUGAUUGGGCAUUUCGCUAUCAAAUAUGACGAACCAGACUGUGUCACCUACUGGAGUACAUUUAAGAAUAGGGGAUGUACCGCUAAAGGCUCGAAGAAGAGGCGCAUCGAGCAACAUCUCAUGAAUGUACCGGCUCAUGCAGACUAUAAGGAAUUCUGUGCGACAACGCCUGCUCGUUUCUUAGACCAAGAAUUCUCUGGUGCGGACUCAUGCGUGAAAAGCAUCUGGGGUGUCUAUGGGCAGUGGUUCAUUGACGACCCUAGUUGUUGA